AUGGGAUCCGGGGUGCUUGCAUGUCGGAGGCCCUGCUGUGGGUCGGAGGGCCCUGCUGCAGUCCAGGCGUACAGGACUGAUGAGAACCGGGGUGCUCGUGUGUCGGAGGCCCUGCUGUACUCCAAGCAUGAUGGGAACCGGGGUGCUUGCAUGUCGGAGACCUGGCUGUCCAAGCAUGAUGGGAACCGGGGUGCUUGUGUGUCGGAGGACUUGCUGUACUCCAAGCAUGAUGGGAGCAGGUCCCUCUCCUGGAAGCGGUGCGCGGGGUGCGGGGGCAAGAUCGCCGAUCGCUUCCUCCUCUACACCAUGGACAGCUACUGGCACAGCCGCUGCCUCAAGUGCUCCUGCUGUCAGGCUCAGCUGGGGGAGAUCGGCACCUCCUGCUACACCAAGAGUGGCAUGAUCCUCUGUAGAAACGACUACAUCAGGUUAUUUGGAAACAGUGGGGCAUGCAGCGCUUGUGGUCAGUCCAUUCCGGCCAGUGAGCUGGUCAUGAGGGCACAGGGCAACGUCUACCACCUCAAGUGUUUCACGUGUUCUACCUGCCGGAACCGGCUGGUCCCUGGAGACAGGUUCCACUACAUCAACGGCAGCCUGUUCUGCGAACACGACAGGCCCACAGCACUCAUCAAUGGCCAUCUGAGUUCACUGCAGUCGAACCCACUUCUGCCUGACCAGAAGGUGUGUUAGGCUGCAGGAAGCGGGAAACAGGAAGCGUGCCUUCAUUUGAGCCCUUACUCAUCGUCACCUAAGACUAUGUGGAUCGGUGCCCCAGCCUUUUAGCCUCACCCCCCAGGCCCACCCAGGCCCCCCCCCCAGACCCCCCCAGACCCUCACCUGAGCUCCCAGGAGUUAGAGUCCAUCGACAAUAUUCUCUAUCUGCUCCACACAUCUGAUAACCAUCUGACCCUUGACCCGUCCCUUCCCCCUAAAUGUGGGUGGAUUCCCCAGCGCGCACAUGCGCCUGAAACAGGAUACCGAGGAUGCCCUGAGCCUGGAAUAAAUAAAUAAAAAAGGAACAGAACCUGAGGGACUCAAAAGGCGGAAAGAUUGAAAAUCCACUCGAAGGAUGUUUUGGAUAAAGAGACAAAGAAAGACCAAUGAAGCAAAUCAAGAGCAGCGUUUUUCCAAACUGCAUUUGUACAUUUGUUGAAAAAAAAAAAAAUGAAAAAAAAGGGAAUUGUGGGAAACGGAGUACUUUUAUUUUUCUUUAUCGUUUCCUUUUUAUAUCCUUAUUUCCUUACAACAUGGUAUUCCCACUUUCUAUAUUUUAAGUGUCGUAAAAGGGAACGUGUUUCACUCUCAGUGGUAUAUAAUAAGACUGGUAUCUGUGGCUUUUGUUGUGGAAAACAAAUCAUGAACACUUGGUGUAUUUGUAAAACUACCAUGUAUGUACAGUAUGCAUGUAAAUGUUUUUGUCAAGACGUUGCUACAGUCCAACCUGCCUUCACACAACCCAGCCGCCCCUCCCCUCGAAACCUGAAACCAUGGCAGACCAGAUAAAGAUGCUCAUAGUCGGUAAAGUAGAGAUUUUCACCAACCUAUAAAUGCUGAAUGAAAGAGAAAUCUAUUUGUGAUAUUUUCAGAGACAUUUGCUCCAGUAUGGUGUAUUUAAUUAAUAAAAAUGAUUAAGAUAUAAA